AUGAAGAAGGAAGAAGAAAGAAGAGGAAAGAAGAAGAAGGAAGAGGAGGAGAAAGAAGAAGGGGAAGAAGAAGGGGAAGAAGGGGAAGAAGGGGAAGAAGAGGAAGAAGAGGAAGAAGAGGAAGAAGAGGAAGAAGAGGAAGAAGGGGAAGAAGGGGAAGAAGAGGAAGAAGAGGAAAAAGGGGAAGAAGGGGAAGAAGAGGAAGAAGAGAAAGAAGAGAAAGAAGGGGAAGAAGAGGAAGAAGUGAAGAAGAUGAAGGAUGAAGAAGGAAGAGGAGGAGAAAGAAGAAGGGGAAGAAGAAAGAAAAGGGAAGAAGAGGAAAGAAGAAGAAGGAAGAGGAGGAGGAAGAAGAAGGGAAAGAAGGGGAAGAAGAAGGGGAAGAAGGGGAAGAAGAGGAAGAAGGGGAAGAAGAGGAAGAAGAGGAAGAAGAGGAAGAAGAGGAAGAAGGGGAAGAAGAGGAAGAAGUGA